AUGACAGUAGUCAGUUCCAUUGCAUGUAUUCUGUUGAUUUUGCUGGGUUUGAGUAAAGUGAACGGGCAGCUCAAUUCGACGUUUUAUGACAAUACGUGUCCGAAUGUGUCGUCGAUCGUUCAAGCGGUGGUGAAACAAGCAAUCGCCAACGAAUCAAGGAUUGGCGCAUCCUUACUCCGCCUUCAUUUUCACGACUGCUUUGUUAACGGGUGUGACGGAUCGAUACUGUUGGACGACUCGGUGAACAUAACAGGAGAAAAAACCGCUGGUCCAAACAACAAUUCUGUAAGAGGAUUCGACGUGAUUGAUACCAUCAAAUCACAAAUCGAAGCAGCAUGCAGUGGAGUUGUGUCUUGUGCAGAUAUUCUCGCUAUUACUGCUAAUUUUAUUUAUUUUGUCAAAUGCAUAAAUUUGGCGAUAAUUACAUUAAACAAAUUAUAUUAUUAUUCGGCAGUCCACAUAAAUCAGGGUGGCGGUGGAGCCGCAUGGGGCGCCACAUUUGGAAUCUUGUUAGCUACUCCAAUGCAGGAAAAGCCAGAAGUCGUUGUCCAUGACGAGCUCAAUGAUAAGGAAGCAAUGAUGAGGGCAUGGAUUGCGUUGAUUUUGCUGGGUUUGAGUAAAGUGAACGGGCAGCUCAAUUCGACUUUUUAUGAUAGCACGUGUCCCAACGUGUCGUCGAUAGUUCAAGCGGUGGUGAAACAAGCAAUUGCGAAAGAAUCAAGGAUGGGCGCAUCCUUACUCCGUCUUCACUUUCACGACUGCUUUGUUAACGGCUGCGAUGGGUCGAUACUGUUAGACGACUCGGCGAACAUAACCGGAGAAAAAACCGCUGGUCCAAACAAUAAUUCUGUGAGAGGAUUCGACGUGAUCGAUACCAUCAAAUCACAGGUCGAAGCAAUCUGCAGUGGAGUUGUGUCUUGUGCAGACAUUGUCGCCAUUGCUGCUCGUGAUUCUGUGGUCGCGUUGGGAGGGCCAACAUGGACAGUGCAGCUGGGAAGGAGGGACUCGUUAACUGCGAACCUAAGGGGUGCAAAUAGCAACCUUCCGGGUCCCGCAUUCAACCUUAGCGGACUCAUCUCAGCAUUCAGUGCUCAGGGUCUUUCUACCAAGGAUAUGAUUGCCCUUUCAGGUGCUCAUACAAUUGGUCAAGCGCGGUGUACCACUUUCAGAACGCACAUCUACAAUGACACCAAUAUUAAUAUCACAUUCGCCAGUUCUGUGCAGGCUAACUGCCCUUUCAAUGGUGGAGACAACAAUCUGUCACCCUUAGAUUUGCAAAGUCCCACUACUUUUGACAGCGAUUACUACAAAAAUCUGAUAAGCCAGAGAGGACUUUUCCACUCCGACCAAGAGCUUUUUAAUGGAGGAUCUGCUCAUUCUCAGGUUACUACCUAUGCUAACAACCAAAACACCUUCUUCAAUGAUUUUGCAGCUGCAAUGGUGAAUAUGGGAAACAUAAGCCCUCUCACUGGUAGCAGUGGACAAGUAAGGAAGAACUGUCGUAAGCCCAAUUGA